AUGUUAUCAAUCUCAAGAUUAAGGUAUGCAUUUCUCUCUGUUAGUUCUUCCAUUCCCAAUAGACAAUCUCGUCAACCUCUUCCUUCUUUCAUUGACAAUCUUGACGAUGCUGUUUCCUCAUUCAAUCGAAUCCUUUAUACAAACUCUACCAAAUCCAUCAUCGAAUUUAACAAAAUCUUAUCUUCUCUUGUUAAGAUCAACCAUUACCCUACAGCUAGUUCCUUUUCUCAACAAAUGGAACCAACUGGAAUUCAACCAUGUAUUGUUACUUUAAGCAUCUUGAUGAAUUGUUUCUGCCAUAUUGGUAAACUCAACUUUGCAUUUUCAAUAUUAGCCAAGUUUCUCAAAUUAGGUUAUAAGCCGGAUAUUGUAAUCUUGACUACACUUUUGAAAGGACUGUGUCUUAAUGGUAAGGUUAACCUUUGCUUUCAUGAUGAUGUUAUAGUGAAAGGUUUUCGUUUUGAUCAUGUUAGUUACGCGACUUUGAUUAAUGGGUUAUGUAAAAUCGGACGAACAAGAGCUUCCGUGCUAGUUCUUAGAAAGAUUGAAUUAAUGGUUAGGGUUAAGCCUGACGUGGUAAUGUACAACACAAUUAUUGAUAGUCUGUGUCAAGAGUUUCUAUCUUCUUAUGUCUCAAUGAGUUGUCGAGGAGAUGACUAG